GAUUCCUAGCUCCCCAACUGACCCAAAGCCACUCUUUCCCGCAUUUUUUUCAGUUAUAUUUCCCGGCUUCUUCUUCGUCCAUUCCAACUACCAAGCACCUCUUCUUCUUCUUCUUCUUCUUCUUCUUCUUCUUCUCUUCUCUUAUUUUCUUUUUCUAUUUAAAUUUAAUCUUUCUCUUUCUGUGACUCUGUUUCCUGGUUUCUGGUUUUUCCGGCUAACGAGAAGCAGUUUCCCGGCAACCCCAAAUGGAGAGAGAACCCCUCCUUCCAUGCGUAAGCCCCGGCAAUAAACUAUCCCCACUCUCUAUAACGCCUCCCUCGCUCUGCCCUCUCCUGGAAGACGGUGAGAUAACUCUCCCCCUUACCACUACCCAACUCAAAGACCGUCUCAUCUUCGGCCCGUCCCCUUCUGCAAUCGAUUCCUCCUCUGAGUUCAUCGACGCCCUAGCCCUAGCCACCAACUCUCCCUGCUCCUUCCCUCUCUCAGACCCUCCUCCAGACCAACCUUCAUGUUUCACCGACCUCACUCGCCCAUUGAUCAAAACCAAUCUCCACCGCUCCAAGACCGCCCCCGCCAUGGCUGCUAUAAAUGAAGUCGAUCAUAAGCCGAUUCCCAAACCCCAAUUUGCCUCUACUUCGAUUGUCCGCCAGUCUUUUGUGCUUCUCGUCAUUUAUCUCACUCUGGGUGUGCUUAUAUACUCGUUUAAUCGAGAGAAUUUUUCGGUCACUGAGACCCAUCCCGUCGUCGAUGCGCUUUACUUCUGUAUUGUCACCAUGUGCACGAUUGGGUACGGUGAUAUCACGCCUACUACGACGCCGACGAAGGUGUUCUCGAUUAUGUUUGUGUUGGUUGGGUUUGGAUUCGUUGAUAUCUUGCUUACUGGGAUGGUCAGUUAUGUGCUGGAUUUGCAAGAGAGUAUGCUCCUGAGAGCUGUCAAAGGUGGGGGAGGGCAUGAUGCGAGGUCUUAUUUUGUUGAUGUGAAGAAGGGAAGGAUGAGGAUUCGAAUGAAGGUGGCAUUGGCUUUGGGGGUUGUCAUUCUCUGCAUUGGUGUCGGGACUGCUGUAAUGCAUUUUGUUGAGAGACUUGGGUGGUUAGAUUCGUUCUAUCUCUCUGUGAUGUCGGUGACGACAGUUGGGUAUGGUGACCAUGCAUUCAAGUCAUUGCAGGGACGUCUGUUUGCCUCAAUUUGGCUUCUUGUCUCAACGCUCGCUGUUGCUCGAGCUUUUCUUUACCUUGCUGAGGCACGGCUUGAUAAGCGGCACAGGAUGAUGGCGAAGUGGGUACUCCAUCACGAUAUGACCAUCGCCGAGUUUCUUGCAGCUGACAUUGACAACAAUGGUUGUGUGAGUAAAUCUGAGUUUGUCAUAUACAAGCUUAAGGAGAUGGGAAAGAUAGCAGAAAAAGAUAUCCUGCAGAUAUGUAACCAGUUUGACAGGCUAGACACGGGCAAUUGUGGGAAGAUUACACUUGCUGAUCUCAUGGAAAACCAUCGAUGAGUGGUGUUGGUGGAUUUUCCUUAGUAGAACAAAGUGUGGUGGCACUAUUAUGGAUAUCUUUAUGAGAAGUAUCCCUGGUUUGAAAAUCUUUCCAUCAAUUAGACGAGAAGGUCCUACUUUUAUGAAGUUAUUAGUAGUUCAAAGGUGCCACUUCCUGAUUGACAUAUAUUGCAAGCUUCCUUGCUGUUCUGUUGCACAUGCCUAUGGGUCUGCAUCACCCAUUUGAUGAGUUAUCUCUUGGAUACGGUAUGGUUUCUGGGAUAUCAUUCCACAUCCAUUUGGCCUUGGUUUUAUUGUCUACUAAAAGAUGGACCUUGUUUCCUAAGGUCCCAUGGUCCGCCUGUGGCUAUGGCCCAUGCAAACUAAGCUUUAGAGACUCGACACUCUGGUGGGCCGAUGGGCAAUGUGCUGAUUGUAAUUAAAGUGUUUGUAGUUUAUACACCACCAUGUUGGAUAAGGUACAUAUAGCAGUUAUUCUUUUUCAAAUAUACAAGGUACAAAAGGAGCCUCGGUGGUUCUCUGUUCAUGUUAUUUUUCUAUUUUUGCUUGUUUUCUGAAGGGGUUAGUUUCACCCCUCUGCAAGUAUACAUGAUGUAACUGUAUGUAAAAUUGCUCAAAUUGAGAAGAAUUUCAAUAAAGCAUU